UUGAUGGCCCGGAUCGAUUUCCGCCCCCCAGUCUUUUCUCAGCUUAAAAAUGGCUUGCUGUUCUCCCAUAGACAGCUCUGGGGUCUUCAUGUUGGUUUAUCCAUCAAAUGUGGUCUUCAUGGGUAAAACGCAGGCCUCAAACCCAGAGUAGACCUUCACCGCUAUUCAUUGUUUAAACAACUCAAUCUAAUGAGGCAUGCCUGGGCAGCGAGAAACACCUGCGCACUCUUGCUUACCUGUCCGAGCCCUGGUAAACAGGAAACACAAAAUGGAGACUGAAGACGUGAUGCACGCAAAGCGAAAUGAGAUACGAAACUAUGAAGCGAAACCUUACUGUGCAACCACAAAGUCCUGCUUGGUUUAAAUGCACACAAACAAAGUAUUCAAAAACUCAACGUUGGCAUCAUUCUCCCUUUCUAUUUUCACUCGCUUUGCUUCCCAUCUGAAAGUCAAAGCUCCUGCUCUCAGCCACUGGCAUUGGGCCAGGAGGUGAUGGACGGGCACACCGUCCAAUGAUUAGUCUUCAGAAUGUCUAAAAAAAAAAAAUGUCCCUUCGCACGUAACACAGUCAUGUGUUCCAGUAUUUAUGAUCAAAUGGGUGGAUUCAAUCCAAAGAUGCCAGAUGAAAAAUUAUUAGGAACGCAGAAAUUCUGUGCUGUGAAGAAGUAAUUACUCCUUUCUUGACUUCCUUUAUUUUUGCAUAUUUGCCACACUAAAUGCAAAAAAGUCACAGACUCCACUGUGAGAAGAAUUGUUGAACAGUUAAACUGAGUAGACAUGAGCAUGUUCUAAUCUUGUUCUAAUCUUCAGCAAGGGCUGUUUCUAUAUCUGUGCUUAAGAACAUGUCAGCUGGGUCAUAUUUUGAGGCUGUGGUGUGUGUAUGUGUGAGAGAGAGAGAGAGAGAGAUGUAUAUAUGUGAUCUUUGAUUUGUCUCUGAUUGUGUAAAUGGAAGUCAUUUUUCAUGAUCGGUGUGUAAAAAGUGCGACGGAACCCCCGAUUAAUCACAUCUGCGUCUAAGUGAUACCCGGUGCCAUUUCGUGGCCCUGCCACCCUGUUGUGAGUCUGAGCACGCGCACAGGACACUUCCACAGUCCAGUCGUCUCCAUAUGAGGCCCAGAAGAGCGAAGUGUGGUGACAGCACCCCUAAAAAUACCCCACGUUCCGAACGUGGAUCGGAUUGCAGCUGAGCAAGCGAACGCUCCUGCUGCUUCUGCGUAUGAGCAAUUAAAAAAAAAAAAAAAACUUUAUUUUUCCCUUGCAGGUUUCUUCUGAAGCACUUAGUAUACGAUGGCAGAAACGGAAGCAGAUGGAACCAAAAUGGCAAAUAUGGCAGAGCCCCAGGCAGAACCUGCUGUCAGUAAGAGCUCCAAGAAAUCUGAGGGACACUCGGUCUUCAGCUGGCUCAUAGUGUUGGCUCUGUUGGGUGCCUGGAUGUCUGUAGCUGUUGUCUGGUUUGACAUAGUUGAAUACAAGAAUGUUUUGGGCACACUUGGAAAAGUUUAUGAUUCUGAUGGUGACGGCGACUUUGAUGUGGAAGAUGCCAAAGUUCUGCUGGGCUUGGCUGACUUUUGUAAGGGCCUUGUCUCUGCGCACAGAGAGCGUGAUGAUGCUUUAGCAGAUGGCAGUUCUGAUUUGUUAAAAAGCUUCCUGGCAUUUCUGUGUGAUGUGCUGAUGCCAUGUGAGGGUGGAGGCGAUGGAGAGAGUGUUAUGAAGGAGAAGGAGAGGGUCACUGAGAAAUCGCCUGAGACCACGAAAAAUGAGAGAGCAAGCAAAGCUGAGAAGAAUAAAGAAGAGGUGUUUAAGAAAAUUAAAGAGCAUUCUACCAGACAAAUUGGGCACAAACUGAAGGCAGCUCUCAAGGAGCAGCUUCGGAUGAUCCAUGAGAAGAUCGAGGCAAAAAAGAUUGCUAAGCUAGCACUGGCUGAGGUCCGAAGCAUCCUGGCCCAAGAGGAAGAAGAGAGAAAAGCCAUCCUUUCUGCCAAAAAAGCCAAAGAGGAAGCUGAAGCUAAACUACUUGAAGAGAAGGCAAGCAAAGAGCAUGAGAGAUUAGCCAAAGAGAAGGCAGCAAGUGAGAGGGCUGAGCAAGAAAGGCUUGCUAAGGAGAAGGCUGAAAAGGAAAAGCUAAUUAAAGACAAAGCAGAAAAGGAAAGGCUGGCUAAAGAGCAAGCUGAAAAGGAAAGGCUAAGAAAAGAACAAGCAGAAAAAGACAGGCUAGCAAGAGAGCAAGCAGAGAAGGAGAGAGCAGAAAAGCUAGAAAAGGCUGAAAAGUUGGCUAGAGAGCAGGCAGAGAAAGAAAAAGAAAAGGCAGAGAAGGAAAGACAAGAAAGAGAAAGGUUGGCUAAAGAGCAAGCAGAGAAAGAGAGAGCAGAAAAGGAAAGGCUGGCGAAAGAGAAAGCCGAAAAGGAGAGGCUGGCGAAGGAGAAAGCCGAAAAGGAGAGGCUGGCGAAGGAGAAAGCCGAAAAGGAGAGGCUGGCGAAGGAGAAAGCCGAAAAGGAGAGGCUGGCGAAGGAGAAAGCCGAAAAGGAGAGGCUGGCGAAGGAGAAAGCCGAAAAGGAGAGGCUGGCGAAGGAGAAAGCCGAAAAGGAGAGGCUGGCGAAGGAGAAAGCCGAAAAGGAGAGGCUGGCGAAGGAGAAAGCCGAAAAGGAGAGGCUGGCGAAGGAGAAAGCCGAAAAGGAGAGGCUGGCGAAGGAGAAAGCCGAAAAGGAGAGGCUGGCGAAGGAGAAAGCCGAAAAGGAGAGGCUGGCGAAGGAGCAAGCCGAAAAGGAGAGGCUGGCGAAGGAGCAAGCCGAAAAAGAGAGAGUAGAGAAGGAAAGGCUGGCUAAAGAGAAAGCAGAAAAGGAGAGAGUGGAAAAGGAAAGGCUGGCAAAAGAACAAGCGGAAAAGGAAAGGCUAGCGAAAGAAAAAGCAGAAAAAGAGAAAGCAGAAAAGGAAAGGCUAGCGAAAGAAAAAGCAGAAAAAGAGAAAGCAGAAAAAGAAAGGCUAGCGAAAGAGAAAGCGGAAAAGGAAAGGCUAGCGAAAGAGAGAGUGGAAAAGGAAAGGCUGGCAAAAGAACAAGCGGAAAAGGAAAGGCUGGCAAAAGAACAAGCAGAAAAAGAGAAAGCAGAAAAAGAAAGGCUAGCGAAAGAGAAAGCAGAAAAGGAAAGGCUAGCGAAAGAGAAAGUAGAAAAGGAAAGGCUAGCGAAAGAAAAAGCAGAAAAAGAGAAAGCAGAAAAGGAAAGGCUAGCGAAAGAGAAAGCAGAAAAAGAGAAAGCCGGAAAGGAAAGGCAAGAGAAAGCCGAAAAGGAAAGGCUGGCGAAAGAGAAAGCAGAAAAGGAAAGGCUGGCGAAAGAGAAAGCAGAAAAGGAAAGGCUGGCGAAAGAGAAAGCAGAAAAGGAAAGGCUGGCGAAAGAGAAAGCAGAAAAGGAAAGGCUGGCGAAAGAGAAAGCAGAAAAAGAGAAAGCAGAAAAGGAAAGGCUGGCGAAAGAGAAAGCAGAAAAGGAAAGGCUGGCGAAAGAGACAGCAGAAAAGGAAAGGCUGGCGAAAGAGAAAGCAGAAAAGGAAAGGCUAGAGAAAGAGAAAGCAGAAAAAGAGAAAGCAGAAAAGGAAAGGCUGGCGAAAGAGAAAGCAGAAAAGGAAAGGCUAGAGAAAGCAGAAAAAGAAAAAGCAGAAAAAGAAAGGCUAGCGAAAGAGAAAGCAGAAAAGGAAAGGCUAGUGAAAGAAAAAGCAGAAAAAGAGAAAGCAGAAAAGGAAAGGCUAGCGAAAGAGAAAGCAGAAAAGGAAAGGCUAGAGAAAGCAGAAAAAGAGAAAGCAGAAAAGGAAAGGCUGGCGAAAGAGAAAGCAGAAAAGGAAAGACUAGUGAAAGAGAAAGCUGAACAAGUAAGACUGGAUAAAGAAAGAUUAGCUCAAGAAAAGACGGCUAGACAAACGGCCGGGACAAAAAUAUUGGAAAAGGUGGGAAAAGAAAAAGCAGCAGAGCAACACCUCGAGAAAGGUGUUCCAGGCAAGGGCAAAGAAAGGGCAAAAAGAGAAAGUGAGAAGUCUAAACAAUCAGAAUCUAAGAAGGACGCGUCUGGACAAACUACAGAUCACAAGAAGGAGGAAAAAUCUACCAAAGGUCUCCUGAAAUCUUCAGUCUGGAAAAGCAAAAAAAACACCAGUUAAAUGGAAUGUAUAAGAAUGUAAUGUUUGGUAAUCUGAUUAAAACAAAUGGGACAUGAGAAAUAUCUAAUGCGAUGAGAUCCGCUCAGUCUGGACUGGUCUAAUUCCUGAGUUUAUCUUGGAUUGAAUACACUGCAGACUUCAACCUAACGCAGUGUAGAUCACAUGUUCAGGUCUCGGAGGUUGAUCUUCUCAUACUCGGCUUUGGUUGGUCCAAAGUACAGGAACAUUUGACUAGUGGAGUUUAGUGGAGUUUUUGGUGCAUAUUUGUGAUAAUACCUGAAUAAAGAGCAUAUGUAUAACCUAUAUUACAUUUGUGUUCUAUAAAAAGUAUAAUUGAAUCGAGUGUUUGGUAGUGAUAUUAGCUGUUAAAAGUUGUUUUCUUGAUUUAUGCCUAUUUAAAAUUUAUAAUCAGAAUGUGCUUAAUUGCUAAUGAGAAACUUUUGUGGUCUAUUAUUUAAAUUCUGUAGAAGUGAAGCAGUUUAUAUAGUGGAUUUGAAUACAAUCUUGGUUUUCAUACUGAUGCUCUCAGAUGUCCCCUCCACCCCCUUUUUUUUUUUAAACAGCUGACAUGUUUUCUAUUAUGUAUUUUAUGUAGGUGUAUCGGCAUGGUUAAAGGCUUUACAUUGCAAGGCAUUGCUAAUAUUAAAUUACAGACAUGCACAUUUACAUGCAAUUAAAAACAAAAACUUGGAUAAAACAAUAGUAAUAAAAGACGACGAAGGAGAAACUACACGGUGAUUUGUCUGAGCGUUUUGUACAUGUUUACAGUGUUGGUGUUAUGGUGCGGUUCGUGGUCCUGUUCCAUUGGUUGCUCUUUUUUUCGGGACAGGAUUUCACACACUGGGCAGCCGGGUUUGAGCUUGCUGAGGGUUCUCCUAGCAGGUGUGGGAGUUUGUUCUUCAUUGGCAUCAGAUUGAAGUAUUUUUCAUGGGUUGUGAAAUGCAGAUUAAACGUUUAGUUAAUUUGCGUAUAAUUAGGGCAUGUUGUUAAAAAGUGACGUUCUGUUUCCACUUGAUUUAGUGUGCAGUCUUGUGUUGGUAGCCAGGUCUGUCUGUGUCUCUAUGGCCAGGUCUGUUCACUGAAUCAGGACUUUUCUUAGUUUAGGGUCGGUCAUUGUGCUCGGGUAUUCUCCCAAUUUAUAUUCUCUGUUUAGGGACAGAUCUGUUGAGCUGUUGCUUCUGUCCAGUGUGUUAGAUAUUUUUCUUUUUUGUGUUUUAAUAAUUUGAUUUGGUAUGCAUUAGGGAUGGGUGAUAUGGACUUAAAACUAUAUCAUGAUAUUUUCUGGUAUUUAUUGCGAUAACGAUGUCAGUGACGAUAUAAAUAUAGUACCGUGCGCCACUGUUUUUGGCUACAAGUGAUAGCUGUGAUUUUGAGAGCCUCAGGAACACAAACAUUGAUUUAAAAGUAAAACUGAUUUUCUGUAACCCAAACCAGUUCCAGAUUGUAGAGGUAGCUCCUCGUUUAGCGAUAAACUCCUCCUCAGCUUCACGUCCGCCUUCCACCGUACUUGUUUUCGCUCUGCACACACAAAUACGUCUGUCGCACACACAAAUACGUCAUGAACUAGGCUUUAUCGUUAUCAUCGUGGGAAGACGAAUUCUUAUUGUGGGGAGAAUUUCUACCGGUAUAUCGCAAACAAUAAGAUAUCGCCCAUCCCUAAUCUGUACGGGGAUUUAGUCUGGGGUUUGACUGGACAUGUAUUGGAUUGUAAAGUCAACUGUAAGGCCAGCUUGAUGAGGAGGUUUCCCUCUGGGGUUAGCUCUUGGUAUCUGAGUGCUUUGUGAUGGAGGGACACUCUCACUUUUUUUUUCUUUUUUUUUUUAAAGGAGGGCAUGGAAUUUAAUGGCUCUUUUUUGAAUUUUAAUUCUUAGCGGGUACAGUCGUAAUUCUGCUCUGCAGGCAUAAUUUGGAGUUUUUUGUUGUACCCGUGGUAUAUUUACCACGGUGGUUACCGUGGUCUUUAUUGGGUGUUUGUCCCAUUUAUUGAACCCUUGGGUUUGUAAGCGGACCCCAGACCUCACAUCCGUAAAGCUUAUGGCUUAUAGAACCGACUGAAUUACUUUUAGCCAGAUUCUGAUAUCAAUUUUGAUAUUUUUCUUAAUAGCGUUAAAAACCUCUUUGUGCUUUGUUUUUUUUUUUUUUUUUUUUUUUUUUUUUUUUUUUUUCUUCUUUUCUCUCAGGCCGUUCACAGCCGUAUUUGACGUUUCCUGUGUUGUUGUUUAUACUGAGGUAUGUGUAGUUCUCAGUGUGUUCAAGGGGCAAGUUGUCUAAUUUGAAGUUAUGUGAACAAGAGGCAUUUGACUUUGUGUCUUUAUGUCUAGUAAGGAGGCUAGAAAUAGCAUAAUGGUUCUACACAUGGUCAAUAUAAUUCCACACAACCUUUCUUCAAAAUCAAGGCAAUUAUAAAUAGCCUCAUUGAAAUGGUCUAGGGUGGAAAAUACAGACAUUUAGUUCAAAACACACACUAUCUUUUUUUUUUUUUUUUUUUUUUUUUUUUUUUUUGUAAAAUAUUAAACUGUCAAUUAAGGAAAAACAAUGUCAAGUGAGCAAUUGUAGUGUUUAUACAUAAAUGUAUAUUACAUGUGUAUAUUAUAGAAGGUAAUUAUGAAAUUGUUUUUGGUCAGAAAUAAAUCUGAUUGUUGUUCCUAUUAAAUGUGAAUACCACUCUCUAUUAAAAAUGAAUUUAUUAACUUAAUUAUACAUGCUCAGACUUGUAUAUUUAUUUGUUUGUUUGGUGUAAUGUUUGGUGUGGAGAAGGGUGUUGACUUCUCCAAAAAAAAAAAAAGGGAAGAAAACUCAA